UGUGGAAGUGAAGCCAUUUUUUUUGUUGGUUAUAUAGUAUUUAUUAUUGUGGUUUAUGAUGGAUGAGAGGUAUAAGGGUUGCAAGGUGAAUUGAGGACCAGUAGUGACCAGUAGCAGGUUGUUGAAACUUAGAGCGAUGUCGGGUUCAAUAGAAAUACCACUCCGUGAUACGGACGAGGUUAUAGAGUUGUAUCUGGACCAGUUGCCCGAUGGAGAAGAGGUCCUGGGUAUUUUGCGGCAAGAGCACGCCCAGCUCAAUCUCUGGGUCAACCUUGCUGUGGAGUACUACAAGCAGCACAAGAUCCAGGAUUUCAUCAAAAUUCUGGAGGAAUCCAAGAAUGAUGCAAAUGUUAUGUACAGAGAUUAUGAGAAGGAUCAGAUGCGAGCACUUGAUAUGCUUGCUGCAUAUUAUGUGCAGGAAGCAAACAGGGAGAAAAACAAGGAUAAGAAGAGGGAACUUUUCACUAAGGCCACUUUACUGUAUACAACAGCAGAUAAGAUUAUUAUGUAUGAUCAGAAUCAUUUACUGGGCAGGGCAUAUUUCUGCCUCCUUGAAGGUGAUAAAAUGGACCAGGCUGAUGCGCAAUUCAAUUUUGUGCUGAAUCAGUCUCCAAAUAAUAUACCUUCCUUGUUAGGUAAAGCUUGCAUUGCAUACAAUAAGAAGGAUUACAGGGGAGCAUUAGCGUUUUAUAAGAAAGCCUUGAGGACGAAUCCCAAUUGCCCAGCUGCAGUUCGUCUCGGAAUGGGUCACUGUUUCAUGAAGUUGAACAAUCCGGAUAAGGCGAGAUUAGCCUUCGAGAGGGCCCUCCAAUUAGAUCCGCAGUGUGUCGGUGCACUUGUCGGUUUAGCGAUAUUGCGUUUGAAUCUGCAGCAACCGGAUUCCAUUAGGCAGGGCGUCAAUAUGUUAUCGAAAGCCUACACGAUCGAUUCCUCCAAUCCAAUGGUUUUGAAUCACCUGGCGAACCAUUUCUUCUUCAAGAAAGAUUACAACAAGGUUCAGCAUUUAGCUCUGCACGCUUUUCACAACACCGAAAAUGAGGCGAUGAGAGCGGAGAGUUGCUACCAGAUGGCAAGGGCCUACCACGUCCAGGGUGAUUACGAUCAAGCCUUUCAAUAUUACUAUCAGGCCACGCAGUUUGCGCCGACCGCUUUCGUUCUUCCGCACUUCGGUUUAGGACAAAUGUACAUUUAUCGUGGAGAUUCCGAGAACGCGGCUCAAUGUUUUGAGAAAGUGCUGAAGGCGCAGCCCGGCAACUACGAGACGAUGAAGAUCUUGGGUUCGCUUUAUGCGAAUUCCACUUCGCAAUCGAAGCGUGACAUUGCGAAGAGUCAUUUGAAGAAGGUGACGGAGCAGUUCCCCGAUGACAUCGAAGCGUGGAUUGAGCUGGCUCAAAUUCUCGAGCAGUCCGAUCUACAAGGUUCGCUGAGCGCGUACGGAACUGCGAUAAAGAUAUUAAAGAAGGACGUACAAUCCGAGAUACCCACAGAGAUCCUUAAUAACGUGGGUUCUCUGCACUACCGGUUGGGUAACCUGGAGGAGGCCAAAAGGUAUUUGGAAGAGGCUCUGGCGAGGGCGAAAUCCGAAGCCGAGCACGAUCCGCAAUACUACAACUCAAUCUCGGUGACGAGCACGUACAAUCUGGCCAGAUUAAACGAGUCGCUGUGCCUAUUCGACAAGUCCGAGAAGCUGUACAAGGAUAUCAUCAAGGAGCAUCCCAAUUACGUCGAUUGCUAUUUGCGUCUGGGUUGCAUGGCCAGAGAUAAAGGGCAGAUUUACGAGGCUUCCGAUUGGUUUAAAGAGGCUCUGAAGAUUAACACUGAGCAUCCGAAUGCUUGGUCGCUUCUGGGUAACCUGCAUUUGGCUAAGAACGAAUGGGGGCCGGGACAGAAGAAGUUCGAGCGCGUCUUAAAGAAUCCGGCGACUUCGCAAGAUUCGUACUCGCUGAUUGCGUCGGGAAAUGUAUGGUUGCAGACUUUGUAUCAGGCGUCCAAAGAUAAGGAUAGAGAGAAGCGCCAUCAGGAGAGAGCUUUGAUGCUGUACAAGCAAGUGUUGAAAUUUGAUCCUAGGAACAUCUGGGCAGCCAAUGGAAUCGGAGCUGUACUUGCUCACAAAGGCACGGUGAACGAGGCCAGGGAUAUUUUUGCGCAAGUUCGUGAAGCCACCGCAGACUUUUGCGAUGUUUGGUUGAAUAUUGCGCACAUUUACGUGGAACAGAAGCAGUUCGUCAGCGCCAUCCAAAUGUACGAGAAUUGUUUGAGAAAAUUCUUCCAGUACAAUAACGUCGAAGUGAUGCAGUAUUUAGCGCGCGCCUACUUCAAAGCGAACAAGCUUAAGGAGGCUAAAAUGGUAUUGCUGAGGGCUCGCAGAGUGGCUCCCCAAGACACCGUUCUUCUGUACAACGUGGCACUGGUUCUGCAGCGUUUGGCCACGCAAAUUCUGAAGGACGAGAAAUCGACGCUUACCACCGUUUUGCAGGCCGUUCACGAGUUGGGGCUGUCGCUUAAGUAUUUCGCUUAUUUAGCCGAACUCGGUGACCGCAUGAGAUAUGAUGUCACUCUUGCCGAAUUGGAGCGCAAGCAAUGUCAAGAUCUGCUCUCUCAGGCCCAAUAUCACGUAGCAAGAGCCAGAAGGGUUGAUGAGGAGGAGAGGUUGCUCCGCAAGAAGCAGUCCGACGAGAGAACGGCCUUCAAAUUGCGACAGUUGGAGGAGCAAAAGAAACUCGAGGAGGAGAAGAAGGCCACCGAAGUACAGAUGUUGCAGAAGAGGCAAGAGUACAAGGAGAAAACGAAGAAUGCCCUCGUAUUCACCGAUAUGCCGAACGAGAAAUCGUCGAAGGGAAAAGGCCGCAGUCGCAAAGAUAUGUACGUCAGCGAUUCAGGCAGCGAUGCGGAGAACGCUGGAGGUGAAUCCAGGGAACGUCCGUCGAAGAGGAGGAAGAGAAGCGGUGACAGGAAAGAACGCAAAAAGGGAGGCGGUAGGAAACGCAAAGAUCGCUCCAAUGUAUCAGACUCUGAUAGCGGCGAUGGCAAACGGAAAAAGAGGAGCAGGAAGAAGGAUUACAAAAAGAGCAUCGACGACGGGCUCAGUGCCAAACAGAAGAGUCGCAUUGUAUCGAAGGCGACGAUUUCUACCAGUGAGGACGAUAGUGACGAUGAGAAAUUGAAGAUCGCCAGCGGCGAUGAGAGCGCCGGCAGCGGCGGAGAUGGUAAGAAAAGGAAGAGGCGCAUCUCGUCCGGUUCCAGCCGUUCACCAUCGAGAUCCAGGAGUCGCUCCAAGUCCAGAUCGAGGAGCAGAUCCAAAUCUAGGAGUCGCUCUAAAUCCAGAUCGAGAUCAAAGUCGAACUCCAGAUCGAGGAGUCGUUCGAAGUCUGGAAGCAGAUCUAAGUCUAGGAGCAGAUCCAAGUCCAGAAGUAGAUCUAAAUCCAGGAGUCGGUCGAAAUCUGGUAGCCGUUCAAAGUCCAGAAGUCGCUCAAAAUCUGGAAGCAGAUCGAGAUCUCGCAGUCUAUCCAGGUCGAGGAGCAGAUCAAAGUCUGGAAGUCGUUCGAAAUCUAGGAGUCGUUCAAAAUCAAAGAGUCGCUCAAGAAGCAGGUCCAAGUCGCAUUCGCGAAGCUCUAGAUCUCCUUCCACGUGAACAUAAGAGAUGGCAUAUUUUAAAGACUUGUAUCAUUUACUACUUACAUAGCAAUCUGUUUUCAUUUUUUUAUUUUAAGAUAUUGAUUUGUUAUUUGAUUAAUUUGAAUAUUUGGUAUUCAUUUGUUGCAAUUAGAAGAACGAAACCGUACAUUUAUAAUUUAAAUAUUGCAAUUAUUUCCAAUUACACCCACCAAUAUUAUGUAUUUAAUAUGUUGUGCUGUAAAUUAUUAAUUCUAUUCGUAAUGUGAAAAGAACGACGAUAAAAUGGAGAAGAAAAACAAAUAAAUAAAUAUUAAUUAUUUUUUUUA